UACCCAGAAUACACAGCGGGCCACGUCUGCAUUCGCCAUUCUUAGACGUGGAAAUUUGACAGAUCAGACAAAAUGAAUUUUUUCCGACUUUGUGGUGAUAUGAGCCAUUUAUUGGCCAUAUUAUUAUUGCUUUUGAAAAUGUGGAAAUCACGUUCAGUAGCAGGUAUAUCUGGAAAGAGUCAAAUAUUAUUUGCUCUUGUAUUUACAACAAGAUACCUAGAUUUAUUUACAUCCUUCAUCUCCGUUUACAAUACAACUAUGAAAGUUUUCUUCAUUGCCUCAUCAUAUGUGACUGUAUACUUUAUCUACCAACACUUCAAGCCUACAUAUGACUCCAACCAUGAUACUUUCCGUGUGGAAUUUCUCGUUGUGCCAGUUGGAGGACUAGCCUUUCUUGUGAAUCAUGAAUUUUCACCUCUUGAGAUUCUAUGGACAUUUUCUAUCUACCUUGAGUCAGUUGCAAUUUUACCGCAGCUGUUUAUGGUGAGCAAGACUGGUGAGGCAGAAACUAUUACCAGCCACUAUUUGUUUGCCCUUGGUUCUUAUCGAGCACUUUAUCUGCUGAACUGGAUCUACAGAUACUACUUCGAGGGUUUCUUUGAUCUAAUUGCCGUUGUAGCUGGAUGUGUACAAACAAUACUCUAUUGCGAUUUCUUCUACCUUUACAUUACUAAAGUGGUAAACCCAGUUGCGCCAACUGAUGAUCUUGUACAUGUUUAGAUUUUAACAUGGUUCUUAAUUCUCGAUUUAAAGUUCUGAAAGGCAAGAAGAUCAGUUUACCAGCGUAAACAUAGCAACAAAGAACAUUUUUAUGAAAAUAUCUUCAUUUUUGUAUCACGGAAGAUUUCAUCACCUAGAGAUGUUUUUAUGCCUUGAGUUAACAAUGACAGACUUGACUUUAAUGAUAAUUAUUUUACAUAAAGUUGUUAGGCAUAUUAAGGUUUUUAUAAAUAUCCAUGUGCAGUCAGACAAGAAAAGGUACAUGUUUGCUUUGUAACAUUGGAGGUAUCAGUACUGAAAUCGAGGUGGGCUGAAGAAAGUUGUUUUAGUGAUUUAAUUCAUGUCCAGUUUGCGUGUUUGUUUGUACAUGGGUAUGUUGGGAUUUUUAAACAAAAAAUUAAUUUCAUCGUUACAAAACCAGAACUUGUGACUUUCAGAACAUGUGUAGUUUUGUGUUUGCGUCAGUGUGCAUUUGUAAAUAACAUUGAGGGGAUGGAUGAAUGAGUAAAUGCCAGAUGUACGUGUAGAGUAACUCUGCUAGCAGAGUAUAAGUGGACCAGUUAAUGUUGAAACUACUGUUUAUUAUCUUGUAUUUGCUUAAGUUAAAUUUUUAUCACUUCAAAUUUACGCUUUGUCAAUACUGUUUACCUUUGAUUCAUAUUGGAAGGAAUAACAUUCAAAUUUGAUAUAUUGAUAAUGUACAAAAUUCAGUAUAUUGUACAUUGCUGUUGUACUUUUAAAUGGUUACUGGUAAAAGUUUUUUUCUCUGUUCUUUAAUGUUGUUACAUAAUUAUAUGGAUGGCUGAUGGACAUAUCUUUCUAGAUUGUAAAGCUUUUAAUUUCUUUAAUGUUCUUCAUGUUUUCAUUUAUUAAACUAUUUCAUUGAAAAAAAGCUAUCUUUGAUGAGAUGGGGCAAAUGAUAAGAUACUGAUAAAAAAAAUAAGUAAAAAAAAUAAUAUUUAUAAAAAUUAACUUUUGCAAAUACAUGGUAACUAAGAGUUAUAUGUUCUGAUAAUGAAUUUGUUUAGCAACACACACAAAAGGAAUAACUGUAGUAAAAAGCAGUUCAUAUUUAAGUACUCUGGUUGAGCUGUCAAAGAAAAUCCAAUGGUUAUUUUUAGAUUUCUAACUAAUGUACAUAACCAUCUUUAUUUAUUGGACUUUAAAUCUAGUCUAUUUUUGUGAAUGUUACAUGUGAUGGGAAUUAUUACAGAAGUGCUAUAUUUACACACAUACUUGAAAUAGAAACACCAGUAUUUUUUAAAAGAAACAUUAAAUAAUCUACGGUGAACUUCUCAUAAAAAUAUUGAUGUGGCAAAUAUACCACUCUGGUAAGUCUGUGAGAUGAUGUUUAGCAUUUUUGUUCAGUUGUCUUGUAAAUGGUGAUUUAAUACUGCUUUUUCUAUGGUACAAAUUGGUAUAUAUUGUUGCUGAAACAGUAGUAGAUUGUGAGUAUAAGACACUAUCCGUGAGAGUAAGUGCAGUAUAUCAGUUAAAUAUAUUGGGUAUAACAGUAUUAUUUACACCAGUGGUACUCUUUUUAUUUUAGUUUUUUUCAUGGUAAAUAUGGACUGCUUAUUGUACAGGCUAGGUACAGAACCUAAAGGUAAACAGCCUGAAAAAUUGCUGUGCAUUUAUUUUUUAGAUACAUUGUGUUGAGGUCUUAAAGAGAAAUGAUUGUCUUUGUUCUAAAAUAAAAAUGGCACUGCUAUUAAUUAUACCAGAGAUGGUCUGGUGACAUUUUUAGGCUUAAAUGUAAAGACUCUUUUAAAAAAUGUUUGACUGGCAUAAGAAUGAAAUGUUUUUUUUGUAUUUUAGACUUAUUUUUCAAUGGGUGCUUUGAUUUAUUUAAUAUUUUAACUGAUUUUAUUUUCAUUACUGUUAAAAGAUUAAGGACACUGAAAAUUGACCUAUUGUUGCAGUAGCUAGGCAAUUUAAUAUAGUAAAAUUGAGAAAAUAAUACACAUGUGGCUUUAACAUUGUUGGAUAUCUUUGAUUAUGUAGAUGAAAAAAGAAAACCAUAUUUUACUGGCAAGUCAGUAAUGCUUUAUUUGUUAGCUUUCAUGAGUGAACCAAAUGUCAAUUUUUGGUGCAUUGUUUUUGUACAUGUGAUUUAGAAUAGAUUUAUCAUAAAUAAUACUAGACCAUUUCGUUUGUAAAAAUUUUCUUUUUAACAGUUAAAAAAAUUAUUAAAACAAAAAAUAUAUUUGUGUAAAAGGUGUGUUUAGAACAAAACGUGAAAAUUAUUGGUUAUAUAAUCACAUUACAUAAUCAUGCUGUCAGGAUAUAUUUAAAACAUACGGUAUUAAUGCAUUUUGUGUGGUAGAUAAUUUUUAACAUACUGUAAUGGUUUUUCAUAUCUUUAUGGUAGUACUUUGUAUUCAAAUAAAGAUUGUAAAUAGAAGUUUGAUAAUAUCUCAUGAAAAUAAAAUGCCUGCCAUAAGUUGCAAAGAUAAACUCUG